CAGAGGAAAGCCCUCUCACUGGAAUAUUUCGUAGUGGUGCUAGGCGUCUGCUUCAGUCUGUCCGUCUGCUCAGAUCAUCCCACAUCUGCUGGACUAUCAGGUGUACAUCACAUUGGAAAAGCUUGGUACUGUAGGUGUGCUGAGGUUACAGCUCCCGAGGAUUGCUGGGAGACUCACCUUCCAUUUGGAGUUUCGUUAGUGACCAAACUUGACCAAAAUGAGUAGCAUGGAAGAACGCCGUGAAGCUCGUCGUCGCAGACGGCAACAACAGGAAGAUGAAGCAGCAGCAAGCGAAGUUAACGCUGUCAACGGCGAGGAUGAUCUUGAACGUCGACGUCGUGAGCGAAGAGAGGCUCGUCUAAGACAGGCUGCCGAGCCUCAGGAGGAGGAGAGAUCAUCUCGUAGAUCCCGCAGACAGCAAGAGGAGGAGACCCCCGCUGAGGACACCUCAAGCUAUAGAUCGCGUAGGCGACGAGGCCAGGAGGAGGAGGAGGAAACCCCCGCUCCCGCUGCCGAGGAGCCUCAGGUGGAGGACACUUCUAGCAGCCAGGCAGAAGCAGAAGACGACAGCGCUGCACAAGCCGCCAGGGAGGAAGCAGAACGUCGUCGCAAAGAGCAGGAAGCAGAAGAGGCUAGAGAGGCGGAAGAGGCUGAGAGACGCCGUGAGCAAGAGGCUGCUCGCAAACGUGAGGAGGAAAAACGCAGACAGAAAGAGGACGAAGAAGAACAGAGGAGACAAGAGGAAAAGAGAAUGGAAGAAGAAAGACUAGAACGUGAGAGACAGGAGAAGGAGGAGGCCGCCCGCAGGAAGGAAGAAGAGGAUAAGAAGAAGAAGGGAAAGAGGAAAGGUCUCGGGGGACUGUCACCCGAGAAGAAGAAGCUUCUCAAGAGGCUUAUCAUGCAGAAGGCUGCUGAGGACCUGAGAAACGAGGCCAAGAAGAAGGCUGAGGAGAAGGAGCAGUACAUCAACGAGAGAGUGCCCAUCCUCAAGACCGAGGGCAUGAACCAAGUGUCUGAUCUGUCUGGAUUGUGUAAGACCCUUCACGACAAGGUAUGCCUCCUGGAGGAGGAGGUCUACGAUUGGGAGGUGAAAAUCAGGAAACAAGAUUUCGAGAUCAAUGAAUUAACGCUGAAGGUCAAUGACACAAAGGGCAAAUUUAUCAAACCAGUUCUCAGAAAGGUUAAUAAGACAGAAAGUAAACUUGCCAAAUUGGAUAAGAAGGAAUCUCGAGAUUUCCGCAGCAAUCUGAAAUCUACAGGCCAGAACAAGUUCGCACUGGAUGAGAAAGAAGAGGGAGAAGGAUCAGCUAAAUCAAAGACACCUGACUGGCGCCAGAGUCUUAAGGGCAAGGGAGAAGGCGAAGGAGAGGAGGCACCAGCUGAGAGUUGAACUCUGUAAAAUACACUACUUUAUUUCGACCUGUCCUGUGUACCUACCGUGUGAUCAUUCUGAGCAUUUCCCGUUGGGGGCAAAUCUAGACUACUCUACUGGAGUCAUGUGUAUAGACAGCACUGGCACCUUGGUCAGCUCAUCAUCUAUAAUCUAAGUGGUGUAACAGUGUUCUGUUUGGUGUGAGCAAUAUCCGAGAAUAUUUGGUUAUAACUAUGCUUCAGCCAUUCUGGAGAUGCCAAUUCACUAACCAUCAUAGUCCACUAGUUUCUGACCCAUCAUUUGUUAAGGAGUAUUAAUGGUUUCUUUUACAGACAAAUGAUAUCAUUGUCCAAAGUAUAUAUUUACUGAGGAAAUUUUUGCAGUUAUUUUACUUUUGUUCUAGAUAUUUAUUGAAUUUGCAGAUUACUGUUUAGCUUGGUAUUAGGCAGUUCCCAAUCUGAGCACUAGUUUGCAGAUUUGCAUAUCAAAUAUCAUUGCUUCUUGUGUGUGCCUACAGUAUUCAGUGAUGCUCCAGCAUCAGAAUUGAAAGUUGGGCAUAGUGAAAGGUUGAGCUCUGUGAUGUAGAAAUGAUUUAUUUAUAAAAUUUGCCAGAUGAAAUACAGUCUGUAUUUUGUUUCAGCCAGUAACAAGCUUGUGCCUGUGCUUAGGAUGAGAGUGAAGUAAGGUGUACUUGAUUUCAUCAAGGACUGAAAUGUGUUCAGUACUGUAGGACUUGAGCAAGGCUUGUGAUGAUGUUAUUGAUGAUUAACUUUGUAAUUAUUAUUUAUUAUUUCUGAUAUUUAUUCUGCUGUCAGUCUUGGUGACUUUGUACAAAGAUGACACUUGUAGUGUAGCCAGAGAUGUUACCAUGGUAACAAAAUGUCUAUUUCGUGUAGCUUCAACUGACAUGACUCUUGUACAUUACACAGUACUCAUCUCCUCUGCUUCGAUUGUCCUAGCCGAUGUUCAGACUCUAGAUUGCCAGAGGUAAUAAAGUAUUCCCAUUUGGCA